CAAAUCUACCGCAAAGCUCUCGACGUUUUUCCCCAGUCUCUUGGUGGAUCAAAACACUAUUGAAAAUUUGACAUGUCAGUGAACUUCAAGAAUUCCUCGCAUAUAUCUCAUGUGGAGGGAAAGUUGAAGGACGAUUUGAAAAAAUAUUGGCGAGGUGAAAAGGAUGGAUUCGUUCAGGUUGGUACCAAGAAAUGGCUGUAUCCCGCGAAAUAUGAAAAAUUGGCGGAAAAAUAUAAGAAUUUCGAAGUGAGGCCAGACGAUGUUUGGAUUACUGGAUUUCCUAGGUCAGGUACUACAGUAACUCAAGAGUUGGUUUGGCUUCUUUGUCACAAUUUGGAUUUUGAAGCAGCAAAAGAGGACCUGGAUGAAAGAGUACGGUAUUAUGAACUAGAAGUUGUCUUUAAUAACAAGACAACCGCUGAGAGAGCCAAGCUCUUUCCAGAAGACGAGGAACUACCACGUCUCACUGAAUGCAUUGAGAGUACUUUGCGUCUCUUGGAGGAUGAUACGAAAAGGAGAGUUAUCAAAACCCAUUUCCCUUUCGAACUUUUACCAGAUGAUAUUAUAAGAAAGGGUUGCAAAGUGGUCUAUGUUUGUCGUCAGCCUAAAGAUGUUGCAGUGUCGUACUAUCACUAUGAGAAAGGAUCCUGGCAUUUGGACUACACCGGUGAUUUCAAAAGAUAUUGGAACCACUUCAAAAACGGUGAAUGUAGCUUUGGGCCUUACUUCGAGCAUAUCAAACAGGCGUACGAAAUGAGAAAUCAACCAAAUAUCCUCUUUGUUCAUUACGAAGACCUUAGGAGGGAUCUCAGAGGAUACAUCACUAAGAUCGCCAACUUCCUUGACCGUCCUGUCACCGAAGAAGAUUUGCGAAGGUUGGAGGACCAUCUGAAAUUCGAAAAUUUCAAGAAGAACCCCGCUGUCUCGAAAAACACCAAAGAUGCGGAUAACAAUGAGGUCGAAUUUGUGAGAAAAGGUAAAGUUGGAGGAUGGAAGGAAUAUUUUACUGUUGAGAUGAACGAGGACGCCGAUGUUUUAAUUGAAAAGAUGAGCAGAGAAAUUGGCAUAAUCUGGCCAAAAUGUUCUAGUAAAGUUGUAAUGGAGAUAGUAGAUGUUGAGCAGAGUCUCAACAAUGAUCUAUUGAAUCAUUUUAAAGGGGAGAAGGAUGGAUAUGUACAAGUUGGUCAAAAAAAAUGGUUCCUUCCGGUGAAAUACAGGAAACUUGCUGAAGAGUACAAAAAUUUUGAGGUCAGAUCGGAUGAUGUAUGGAUCAUGGGAUACCCGAGAUCAGGAACAACUUUAACUGAAGAAAUAGUUUGGUUACUCUGCCACAAUUUGGAUUUUGAGGGAGUGACAAAAUUCAGACCCAGGCUUUUUGAAAAUAGUUUGGUGUUAAACGACAAAACGGUGGAAGAAAUAUUACAGCAAUGUCCGGAUGAAGAAAUUAGUUUCAACAGAAAGAAGGAAUCAUUGAAGUAUCUUGAACAGGAUAAGACAAGGAGGGUUAUAAAAACACAUUUACCCUUGGAAUUAUUGCCCGAUGAUAUUAUAAAGAAAGGAUGCAAGAUAAUUUACAUAUGCAGAGAUCCGAAAGAUGUAAGUGUAUCGUAUUUUCUACUUCAAUCAUCUCUUCGCCACAUUAAAUUCAGCGGUGAUUUCGAAAAGUAUCUGCAAUUCUUCAGGAAUGGGAAUUGCUUAUUUGGACCUCAUUUUGAACACGUUGGACAAGCGUACAGCAGAAUAGGUUCGAAAAAUUUCAUGUUCGUCUUUUUCGAAGAAUUCAAGAAGGACCUAAGGGCUUUCGUGACGAAGCUUGCUAAGUUCCUUGAGAUUUCUUUAUCUGAGGAACAACUGAAACAGAUGGAAGAUCACUUGAGUUUGGACAAUUUUAGCAAGAAAAUGAAUACCGUCAAAGAUGUGAAAAAUCAAACGGUCAACUAUGUCAGAAAAGGGAAGGUUGGGGGUUGGAGAGAACAUUAUACGGAGGAAAUGAUCAGGGAAACUGAUGCGUGGAUUGAGGCAAAUAAAAAGAGGAUUGGAAUCAAAUAUCCAGUGCAAUAAAUAUACGAAUAUUGUAUGAAAACAUGAAGAAUGAAUAAAUUUCGAUCAACACUAA